UUGCUGUUGUUCAGGUGAAGAUUAGGGAAUCAAGUGAAUUAAACUUGAUUCUUGAUUGUCUAUUUUUAAUUGUUGGCUUGUAGUUGUUGAGGGUUGGUGAUAUUUUUGAAUUUAACUAAAUUUUCAUUCAUGUUAAUCAACAAUUAAAAGUUCAUUGAGUUUUAUAAACAAGAUGAUAAAGGUCAAAACUUUUUUCCCUUUCACUAUUAUUUUUAAUUGUUCAACUCGAUUGUUUUAUUUGUUGAUUAAUUAAUUGUCUAUUUGCUGUUCAUUAACCAGGUUGAUUUAAUUAGUUGCAAAGUUUUUGUGACUUCUCAUUUAUAUCAAUUGAUUUUCAUGUCAAUUAGUUUGGGAGGAAUUUAGAUAAAUUUUAAUUGAAACUGUUAAUUGUUGUUAAUCAAAUUUAUUUACUCAAGGUAAUCAGAAAGUAGUAACAAUUAAAAUCAAUCAAAUCUCAUGAUAGGACUUUUUUUCAUCUUCAAAAACUUCAGCGAAACAAUUAACUAAUUUUCCAAUAAGAUUUAAUUUUCUCACCUGUUAAAGCUAAAUUGCUGAUUGUUGAGAGGGAAACAAUUAAAGAAUCGUGAUUAAGGAGCAAAGUAAAAAGUCAGAUACCAAAGUUUUAAACAAUUAACUAAUUGUGGACAAUUAGACUAAUCAAGUUUAACUUAGAAUAUCAUCUAACUAAUCACAAUUAAAGGUCUAAAUUUACAUUGCAAACUGAAUUAAACAAUGGACCAGAAAAGUAACAAUUAGUUUCUUAAAUUACAAUUAGCAAGUUAAUUGUUUACCUUUUGAAAAACAUUCAACUAAUCAGGUUGAAGGGAAGGCGUUAAUUGCUGAAAUUUGAUUUAACCAAAUGAUAGAUUAACAAUUAACGUAAAUCAUAAUUAGAUUUGUGGCAAUAAUCAAGUAAUCAAAAACUUUUUCUAAUUGUCAACAAUUCCUAAAGUUUUUGUUUGAAUCCAGAGAAAACAAAACAAUUUAAAUUGCGAUUAAUUUGAUUCGAUUUUUUUUCCUUCUCAAUCUUAAUCAUAAAUUAAAUUGAAUUUUUUUUUUCCUAAUCAAGUUAUUUGAUUUCCGAAACUUUUUUUUCGUGUCUGAACAGUUCAAACCAAAUCAUUAUGAUAAAAAUGCUAUUUGAUUGUUACAAUUAACAGUCGAGUUAUUUACUAACAAACUUUUUUUUUCUCUCCAUCAAUUGUUACACAAACUAAAUUGUUCCGAUGAAUUUUUUGUCUCUUCUAAUCUUAAUUGUGGACAAAAUGACUCCCAAUCAAUUUUAAUUGAGAAUUGAUUUGGUAUAAAUUGUUGAGAUUUCGUUGAAAUUAUCAUCAGUAGUCAGUUGAUCAACAAUCAACUAACAACAACAUCCGAUUUAUUAGUUUUACACCAACAACAAUAAUCUAAUCCAAUAGUAAACUGAGUUGUACAAUUGAACAAUCAGUUAAACCAAUCAACGAAAAUGAAGUUUAUUAGUUUAUUAACUGUUUUAAUUGUUGUUAUCCAGGUAACAAUCAGUUCGGGUAAUCCAUUGACCGAUUUGGUUAAUGCAAUUGUCCCAAGUACUAAAUCAGCUGUUGAAAAGCAAGCAGAGGAAUCGAUUGGUAAAGUAGCAAUAAUCAGACCUCUUGAUGGUUGGGGUCAUCAUGAUGGUCAUCAUGGUUGUCAUGUGAAAGAGGUAACUCAUCAUCAUCACCAUCAUCAUAAACACGCUCCCGUUGAGGCUCAUCAUCACCAUAAACAUGGACACAAACACGGGCACGACCAUAAACAUGGACAUGGUCACAAACACGGACACAAACAUGACCAUAAACAUGACCAUGGACACAAACACGGGCAUGGACAUAAACACGAUGCUUGGCAUAAGCAUGACCAUGGACAUAAACACGGUCACAAACACGAUCAUGGACACAAACAUGACCAUUGGGAGAAACACGAUCACAAACAUGGACACAAACACGGUCAUGACCACAAACAUGGACACAAACACGACCAUUGGCAUAAGCAUGGACACAAACACGGACACGACCACAAACAUGGCCACAAACACGACCACAGCCAUAAACAUGGACAUGAUCAUAAACACGGUCACAAAAAUGACCACUGGCAUCAUCAUGGACACAAACACGAACACGGUUGGCAUGAUCAUGGUCAUCAUCAUGGUUGGCAUGAUCACGGUCACCAUGGACACCACGAUGGACACCAUGGUUGGGGUCACGAUCACGGACACAAAGGUCAUGAUCACGGACAUGGACAUGGACAUGGACACCACGGUUGGCAUGAUAUCCACAAGAAGGAUGGAUCCAUUUCCGUUGCUUCCUCUUCCCCUGUUGCUGCUUCUGGUUCAAGUGACUCAAGUUCCUAUGGGUCACCCGGUUACAGUGUAAUCGAUUCAAAAGGAUUUACCUCAUCUCUCAAAAAUGACGAUAAAACAAUCAAGAUGAUUGCUGAAUUUGACAAAGAAUUUUAUUCCAAAGCAAAAUGAAUCAACUCCAACAAUCAACACACUCACUCACUCGAUACUCGCACUCGAACCUGUGAUAAUUAGUCAACUAAUCAAAUGAAAAAAAACCAAAGCAACAAGAAAAAAUGACCAAAAAAAAGACCAAUUUCAGACCAAACGUAACAAUCAAUUAUGAUUAAUUUAUAAGUAUAAAUAUUGUAUCAAAAUUGUAAAUCAAUCAUCAAACCUUAAAAUUGUAAUUUAUCACCAAUCAGUUGAUUGUUCAACAACAAUUAACUUCCUCAUCAGUGUAAAAAAAAUCCACUCAUUCUGUAAAAAAUUAAACUCAAUUUCCCGCUACUUAA